CUUGAAGGCAGAUAUCUGCUCUUCCGGUAGCAUUUAAGCUAACUAUGUUCGGUUUGACGCGCGGCGACACGGCUCUGCCAAGUCCGACAACAAAAUGUAAUUUGCCUAACCUGUGCAGCUAAAUUCCCCUUGCCAUGGCAUCUCAAAUGAGUGCAUGAAGACACGGUUUCAUGCUCGGUAGGUGACCGGACUCAGUCAACUUUUCGCCGUUGAGCCGAGACGCUUCGCCCCGAAACGCAGACGGCUGCUUGGACGUCGGAGAAGCUACAAUGAGCUCCGAGCACCAGAGCGACAGCGAGGACGCCGACGAGUCGCAGGACAGGCCCAACAGCGGCAGCGACAAAGAGGAAGACCCUGACAUCGACGACUCGGACGUGGAGGAUGACAUCGCUCCGGUGGCUUCUCCAUCACCGCCUAGGAGCAGCGAGGAGCGACCGGAGCGGACUGCGAGCUCCCCGGCGUCGGAAGAGCGAGAGCCCGGCUGCCAGGCGCCCACCGCGCCGCAGACGGGGAGCGGUGGGGACUCCGGCAGCGACAUCCGCAGGGGGAAUAGCCUGUUUUCAUGGCUGCAGAGCAGGACAAUAAGACGAGGGGUGUUUGUGGACCCAGCUAGGGAUAACUUCAGGACAAUGACCAGUUUGUACUGCUCGAUGAAUCCGGCUGUGGAGUCUGUCAACCUGAGCACUCAGACCCACGGAGCGGUGUUCAACCUGGAGUACUCCCCCGAUGGGUCCGUCCUGACUGUCGCCUGCGAGCAGACGGAGGUCCUGCUGUUUGAUCCCAUCUCCUCCAGACACAUCAAAACCCUGACCGAGGCCCAUGAGGACUGCGUCAACAACAUAAGGUUUUUGGACAAUCGUUUGUUUGCCACCUGCUCUGACGACACCACGAUUGCAUUAUGGGAUCUGCGCAAGCUGAACUCAAAGGUUUGCUCGCUGCACGGCCACGCCAGCUGGGUGAAGAACAUCGAGUACGACACCAACACUCGGCUCCUCGUCACGUCUGGCUUCGACGGCAACGUCAUCACGUGGGACACUAACAGGUUUACAGAAGACGGCUGCCCGCACAAGAAGUUCUUCCACACCCGUUAUUUAAUGAGGAUGCGACUGACGCCCGACUGUUCCAAGAUGCUCAUCUCCACUUCAUCAGGGUACCUGCUGAUCCUCCACGACCUGGACCUCACCCAGUCCCUGGAGGUGGGCAGCUACCGUAUGCUGCGAGCACGACGGACGCCCCUCAGCUCAGAUGGAGGCACAUCGGCGUCCAGGUCGGCCGGCACUCCUCGCCAGGGAAAUGACUCCAGCAAGAUCCAUCCUCACAGAGAAGGUAUGUCUCCCAGGAACAGCCUGGAGGUUUUGACUCCAGAGAUCCCCGGGGAGAGAGACCGAGGGAACUGCAUCACCUCCCUGCAGCUCCAUCCUAAAGGCUGGGCCACACUCAUCAGGUGCUCCAGCAACAUGGACGACCAGGAGUGGACAUGUGUGUAUGAGUUCCAGGAAGGAGCGCCCACCCGCCCGCUGGUCUCCCCCCGCUGUUCCCUCCGCCUCACCCACUACAUCGAGGAGGCCAACGUUGGCAGGGGCUACAUCAAAGAGCUGUGCUUCAGCCCGGACGGACGACUCAUCUGCUCCCCGUAUGGCUACGGCGUCCGCCUGCUGGCCUUCGACGAGAGCUGCGGCGAGCUGGCCGACUGCCUGCCCGUCCAGACCAGCUGCCUCAGGGAGAUCCGCUCCAUCUACUCGCACAGCGACGUGGUGCUCACCACCAAGUUCUCCCCGACACACUGCCAGCUGGCCUCAGGCUGCCUCAGUGGACGCGUCGCCCUUUACCAGCCCAAGUUUUAGCAAAGAAUGAUACGCUGCAGACCUGGGUAGAGAAGUGCUAAUCAGGGCUCCUGCACAGAUCUUAUCUAAUCUCCACUGAAUGAUUUUACAAAACAAACGAUACACACCAACACACUAACUAGAAAACACUUACAGUACAUACAGAACAUACUGUCAGCACAGAUGGCCUUCAUUUGUUUCACAGAUCACAAAAUAAUUCAGCAAUACAAACUCAAAUAUGAUCAGUGACAGUUAUCUUAACAUAAAUAUGAUUUUUUUUUUCCUUCGUAAAGUCUCUUAAAAUGAAUAAUAUCGAGCAACAUUUGAAGUUUUUAAGCGUAGAUUCCACAGUUUUGCGCCGAAUACUGAAAUAUGCUUUAAUGUAGUUCGUGCGUACAGACUGUGUUGUCAUGGAAGAACGGAGGAAGUAUGACAUUCGACCCAUGACCAUUUGAGGCUUCCGUAUUUAGGAAACCCUGAAUGACAUUUCCUUGCAUUUGUUUUAAAGUGCUGAAGUGCACCAGAUGGGUGAGAUUCACUGCCCGCAGAUAUCAGAUAUGUCUAUUAACAGUCUGACAUAUAAUGGUAUAAAUAGAAUAUUGUGAUUUUUUUUUGUGUGUGGAAACCUGAAAGGGAUCAAAGAAACCCUAAAAUGUAUUGAAGUACUUCUAGACCCGGGUCUGCAGCUGUGAGGCAGACUGAGUUUGUUUGGGUGGGAACCCUUCAGCCACCGACCUGGAAACAAAAAUGAAAGACGAAGACUUUCAGCUGUGACUUCUUGACCGGGCUGCGGUAGUGGAUGAAGACUUUCAGAGUUUGAACUUCAAGAAAAACAAAAGCAAAAAAAAAAAAAAAAGAAACUUUGAGAAUAACAAAAGGAAACAGCACCACUGGGCUUCUCAAACUAGCCUCCCGCCAGGACUGAGGAGUAGGCUUGAAGCUCGGAGGUGCAACGUUGCGUCCGUCAAAAACAAACUCUGCAGUUCGUCUGUUGCUCUUUUUCAUACUAAAGAUUCCUUUUUGUCCUCUAUAGCAGUGGAAGACUUAUUCUGAGACGCAGCACAUCCAGAUUUUGCUGUCUCGGGCAAAAAACACUAAGGAUGCAAACAGACUGAUAUUUAUCCAUUAAUUCUAACGAGACAAACCAAGAAACGUGUCGUCUGCGCUGUUGUUUUUUGUCUUGACAGGUGCGGAUCGUGUCGCUCUCAGCUGCUCCGCUCUGCUCAUGCCUUUUCCACAGGUGCUGCUUCUCUGCUCAUACAAUCUGAACUUUGCCCCCCUCCCCUCACUUCAUCAUCGUCAACGCCUUUCCCGUUAACCUACCUGUCACUCGUCCAUCUGCUCCCUGUUUCCGCCUUCAUGGUCUUUAGGUUUGUUAGCGGUUUUAUUGGUGUAGUGUUGUCACUUCUUGUUCACGGUGUUCGAUUCGUUUUGAUUCUUAAACUCACUUAACGCUUUAGAAAGAGUUGCGUCGGAUUCACCUCUUGGUUACCUGCACAGUUUGUGUGUUUUUUAACUUAAGCCUGUGAAUAGAAACCUCAUGCCGUCUGAAGUAGAAAAGUCCAGCAGAUGUCAGUAUCCCCAUCCAGACCCGCCCUGAGCAAGGAAAUAGUACAGUUACAUACUCCUGAAAUGAUAACGCUGGCAUUUUCAUUAUUAUUUUUGUUUUGACAUAGAGAACUAUAAUCCGUCUCAUAAUACUUACCCAUGACUUACCCAUCAUUAAAAGUCCUAUUUGUGACUUACAAUCCCAAUGCAUCAGUAUUUGAGAAAAAAAAAUAAGUUGGGAAUGACACUUUCUUACAAAUAGCACCUUCAAGCUCAGACAAUAUUAGCUAGUUGAAUCAUCACAUAGUUGGUUUUGGUCUUUGUCAUGCAGUUUGUCAUUAUAGAUAUAGAAUUUUUCUGGCCUCGUUCUUUAAUCAGCUCGUGACUUCAGAAGAAGUAGCCUCAGCAUCCUUCGUUUAAUCCUUCCUAGGAAGAAAUCGUUGCCAAGAAAUUUUGUUUUUUGGCCUUGUACCUCAUGUUGUCUGAGUGUUGAUCCACAUCAGUGUUUGAGUAUUCCCCUCCCCCUCGCGCAUCACAUCCAGUUUCUCAUUUUUACAAUGUUGUCAUAAAGCUGACCAAUCAGGUUUUUAAUCCUCUCUGCGGAGCGAACGGAUCGCUUUCUGACUGUUCUCGUAUCGGCAACGCUUUUGUGUUUUCAACCACUGUAGAAUAGUUCCUGUAAAGAGCCAAGCACAUGUGUGGAUGUUACACCUCAAUAUAAACUGGUUACAGUUCAUACUUACUGACUGCAGAAUAGAUAUAAACAAACGAAUAGACGUUAGCGUAUACUACUAUGCAUACCAGCCUUUAUGAAGAUUUUCCUUUCUUAUUUAUACGAGGGUGACGCUCUGCGUGGAGCGGUCAGAUGCCAAAAUGUGUUUUGCUCGGACAAGGCAGUGUGUCUCCUCGGUAGUUACUGUGAGCUGAGAUUAACGGUGAACAUCUGCUGUUAUGGAUUUAAACAAUUUGUUAAAAGCUUAGAUUUUAAAAGAACGGAUGGAUAUCGAGGGCUGCAAUGAACCGAUAAUUUCCCUGUUGAUUUAUUUGGCCAUUUUUCCUGAAUGUUUGAAAACACAAAGUAUUAAAUUAAGAAAUGCAGCUGCAGCGUCAGAAUGUCAAACAUUUGCUGGUUGCAGCUUCUUCAAUGUGACGAUUUGCUUUUUUUUCUUCACCAUGUCAUUUAUGACACUAAAUGAAGAGUCUCUGGGGACAAAAGAAGCGAUUUGAAGACGAAGAUGAACCAAACUUUUUACCAUGAACAUAACCAGCUGAUUAACUGAUGAAGGUAAUAGUCGUUAGGUGCAGCUCUGUUGAGAAAUGUAUUUAAAUUUGAAGUGAAAAGAUAAAGUUGUGUGAACGCAGAUGUGACUUGUUAAUUCCCAGCUCACAACAUGGGCCUAAAUGUUCUGAGAAAGGAUGCUUUCAACACUUUGUACCUCAGUUAUCUACUCAAAAUGUGCAUAUUUCACAAACGGGGCUGAUUUAUCUUUCAGUUCAGUCGAUUCUGUGACUUUUCCACCUCUGGAACAACAGAAGUUAAGGAAAUACAGUACAAUAACUUUAAGAGUAAACUGCUAAAUGUAUAGAUUUAAAAUUGGCUGAACUGAAGGAUAAAGCAGCAGCCAUGCUGUAUAUUCAGUGCUGCUUUUAUUUCACUUGUAUUCAACAAUAAGCUCUUUGGAGAGAAGUGUCUUAUCUGCCAUUUUCACUUCAGUUACAGCAGCUAAACACCGGGUUCAUUUUUAUUAUGACUGUUCCGUUUGUUUGUUUUGUUUUGUUUUUUUCGCUCACUCCUGUUCUGGGUUUUAACCCGUAUUCUGUUGUGGAUUUAUUGAAUGUUCUCAGUAGUUCUGGUGUUACCUGUGCACCGUCACACUCAACCGGAGGAGGAAGAAGGGUGGAGACGGAAAUCACGUUGAGUUGUUCGCACUGUUACCUAAAAAAUGGCUACACACAGCAAGGAAUCCCAACAAUGAUACUAAAAAUGGUACUUAUAAUUAUCUCUGAAAUAAAAAGGUUAGCUUCUUUUGCA